AUGAGUGAAAUCGAGAUUGUCAAGACUACGCCUUUUGAAGGCCAACGCCCCGGUACCUCUGGUCUUCGUAAGAAGGUUACCGUGUUCGAACAACCUAACUACAUUGAGAACUUUGUUCAGUGCAACCUCGAUGUCGUUGAGCCCAGUGCCAAGGGUGCUCAUUUGGUUGUCGGUGGUGAUGGUCGUUACUUGAACGAACAUGCCAUUCAAGUUAUUGCCAAUAUUGCUGCUGCCAACGGUGUCGCCAAGCUGAUCAUUGGCCAAAACGGUAUUCUCAGUACCCCUGCUGCCAGUAAUGUUAUUCGCAAGUAUAAGCUUACCGGUGGUAUCAUUCUCACCGCCUCUCAUAAUCCCGGUGGACCCAAGAACGAUUUUGGUAUCAAGUACAACUUGUCCAACGGUGGCCCCGCACCUGAGGGUGUGACUGAGAAGAUUUACGCCUUGACCCAGAAAAUCACUGAGUACAAGAUUAUUCGUCUGCCCAAGCUUGACCUUUCUGCCAUUGGUACGAAGAAGUAUGGUCCUCUUGAGGUUGAAAUCAUCAGUUCCGUUGACGACUAUGUGGAGAUGGUGAGAAACAUCUUUGACUUUGAAAUUAUCAAGAAGUUCGUGAAGAGCAACCCUGACUUCAGCUUCUGUUUCGACGGUCUUCACGGUGUCACCGGUCCUUAUGGUAAGGCUUUGUUCGUUGACGAGAUUGGUCUUCCCGAGACCGUUUGCCAAAACUGCAACCCUCUUCCCGACUUUGGUGGCUUGCAUCCCGACCCUAACUUGACCUAUGCACGCACUUUGGUGGAUCGCGUUGACAGUGAGAAGAUCGCCUUUGGUGCCGCUUCCGAUGGUGAUGGUGACCGUAACAUGAUCUACGGAUACGGCGCCUUUGUCACUCCCAGUGACAGUGUUGCUAUGAUUGCUCACCAUGCGGACGUGAUCCCCUAUUUCCGCGAUGGUGGAAUCCACGGUUUCGCCCGUUCCAUGCCCACCUCCGGUGCCAUUGACCGUGUUGGUAAGCUUCACAACAAGAAUGUUUACGAGGUUCCCACUGGCUGGAAGUUCUUCUGCAACUUGUUCGAGGCUAAGAAGCUUUCCAUCUGUGGUGAGGAGUCGUUCGGUACUGGCAGUGACCACAUUCGUGAGAAGGAUGGCCUGUGGGGUAUUUUGUGCUGGUUCAACAUCCUUGCUGCCUUGAAUGCUCGCGACCCCGUCAAGUUCAAAACCAUCAAGGACGUGAAGGACGACUUCUACGCCACUUAUGGUCGUACUUUCUUCACGCGUUACGACUACGAAAACCUCUCUAGUGAGGAUGCCAAGAAGGUCAUGGACAAGUUCCGUGCUACCGUCGAGGCUGGUGAUGUCAAGGGCAAGACGUUGGCUCCUGGCUACGAGGUCGAGGAUGCUGGCGACUUUGAGUACCACGACCCUGUUGAUGGCAGUGUGAGCGGUCACCAAGGCCUUUAUGCCAAGUUCAAGGACACAAGCCGCAUCGUCGUCCGUCUGUCCGGUACUGGAUCCAGUGGUGCUACUCUGCGUCUCUACUUGGAGAAGUACGACAGCGAUCCCGCCAAGUUCGGUAUGGACGCUCAAGAUGCCUUGAAGCCCUUGAUUCACUUUGCUUUGGAUUUGCUGAGUAUUGAGACCUUUACUGGUCGCAAGGAGCCUACUGUUAUCACUUAA